AUGACAACUGCUAGAAUCUGUGAAUUCAAUAAGAAAUUUAAUACUAAUUUUCAAAUUUAUAUGCCCAAACAUAGACAAUUUCAACCAAAGAAAGUAUCCGAAGAAUUAGAUUGGAUAUUUUACUUACAUAAAUCACAUUUCUGUCUCAUUAGAAGUAAUAACAAAACUUUAGGCAUUACACAUAUAGAAGAUAAAUACGAUGAAAACGUAUGGAGAACUUGUAAAGAUGCGACAACGCAAGUUUCACCUCUAAAACUAAACGUUUUUCCAACCAUUCUCGAUGAUUGUUUAUACGCAUGGGAUUGCGAGACCUAUAACGAAAAUAAAGCCAUACCUUAUUCUUGCACGUUAAUUAAUUUAGAAAAACUAAGAAAAAUGUUAGACAGAAUGUAUAAUCUCUUUCCAGAUUUAAAGCCGACAGAUCCCAUUCUAGAAGAAUUUUACAACAAACUCAUGACUAAUAUAGUAGAAAUAUUUGUAGAUUUACAGAAAAAAUGGAAAAGACAGAAAGAAAUAAAGGGUAACUCUAAUUAUUUGCAAAAUAUUAAUUUCAUAUGUUCCUAUCAACAUGAAUCAUCUAGUUUGGCAGCAUGGGGAAAUUCAUCUAAUCUACCAAUGAAUUUGAGAAAGAUCGAGGAUGUAGACAUUGCAAAAUACACCAAAGAUAAUUGGGAACCUUUAAGACACGAAUGGGAACCUUACGCUAAAAGAGAUACGUUAUGUCUCGGAGCUUGUUUAAUAAAAUACAAUCAAGCAAUGAAAGAAGUUGUAUUUCAGAAUAUUUCCAAUAAUCUAACGGCCCUUAUUUAUCUUUAA